UUCAAGGAACGUAUACAUAUAUUGAUAUGUCGGUCCCCUUUAAUUUUUAAUGUUGGUAUUUCUUUCUUUCUCAAACGAAUUUGUGCGAACUUUUCCGUUUCCCCUUUCGGCCAUCGCCCCCACACCUUACGUUACCUUACAGUGAAAAGCCCUUAAAAUUUAUUUUCUCCAAUUCAGAAAUAAUUAAAUAAAACUAUACCCACCAAGAAUCAUUGUAGUUUAAUCCACUCUCCAAGAACACUGCUUACUAUUUUUAUUUUUCCCUUUCUUUUUUGGGACAAAAGCUUCGUAUCCGCUUCAGAUCAAUCACACUCUGUUGGUACACAUAUCUAACACAAGAAGAGUAUGUCAAGCUCGAACAUAUCCACGCUAGCACUGCCUCCGGAUUACUCCGAACAAAGAUUUCAUCAUCAAAUCUCAACCCCAAAUCGAAACAUAAAUCAAAACCGAACUUCAUUACAAGGCCCCGUAGCAAUUCUUUGGGACAUCGAAAACUGUCCAGUUCCAAGCGAUGUCCGAUCCGAAGAUGUAGCUGGCAACAUAAGAAUGGCCUUGCGGGUACACCCUGUAAUUAACGGGGCAGUCACUAUGUUUUCAGCGUUUGGUGAUUUUAAUGCAUUUCCGAGGCGGCUAAGAGAAGGCUGCCAGAGGACAGGUGUCAAGCUCGUAGACGUACCCAACGGAAGGAAGGAUGCUGCUGACAAGGCGAUUUUGGUUGACAUGUUCCUUUUCGCCCUCGAUAACCCUCCUCCUUCCUCCAUCAUGCUUAUAUCCGGGGAUGUCGAUUUUGCCCCUGCCCUGCAUAUUCUCGGUCAGCGAGGUUACACCGUAAUUCUUGUGAUUCCUUCUGGUGUGGGGGUUUCGUCUGCUUUGAGUAACGCUGGGAGAUUUGUUUGGGAUUGGCUUAGUGUUGCCCGUGGAGAGGGGUUUCUGCCCCCUCCGAAGGCGUUGACAAUGCCUAAUAAUCAUGCUGGCUCGGCUGAGAUUUCUGGGUUUUUGAUGGGGUGUUCUAAUAAGGUCAACGACGAUGUGGAAGGUCAAAAUGAAGAGGAAUCGAUAGUGUAUAGAGGGAUUUCGAGGAGUUCGUAUAAUGCUACAAGAGAAUAUUCCACUCACUCGGAGUUUAGUAGUAGUUCUAUAUUAAUGCUGCAAAAUCGUGAGCAAAAUGACUUGGCGUGGGUCCAGCCAGGAGAUUUGAACGGUUUGAAGGGCCAAAUGGUAAAAUUGCUCGAAAUGUCUGGCGGUAGUAUGCCUUUGACCCGUUUACCCGCCGAGUACCAAAAGGUAUACGGGCGACCUCUUUAUGUUUCGGAAUACGGGGCGUUGAAGCUCGUGAAUCUCUUGAAAAAGAUGGUAGAUUCGAUUGCUAUUGAAGGGAAAGGGCAAAGAAAGACUGUUUGCCUUCGUAGCUCAAAAGGUGGAUCAAUUAAUCCUCCCGUGAUUUUGGCGAGGAGAGAGAAGAAAGGAAAAGGGGUUCAAGAAGAUGGUGGUAUUGAUGUAAUUAUAGGCGGAGGUGGUUCGUCGGACGAGUUGUCGGAUGAUGAUAGGGUGGCUGUUGAUUUGGAAACUACGGAACCUUCUCAAGUUAUUGAUUAUAAUCUCAAGAAUUUCAGAUACGAGCUACAGGAGAUUUUGGUGAGUUACUCCUGUCGGAUUUUUUUGGGUUGUUUCGAGGCGAUUUAUCAGCAGAGGUAUAAAAAGGAAUUGGAUUACGUGUUGUACGGUGUGAGUUGUUUGGAGGAGCUUUUGGAGAAGGUGAGUGAUGUGGUGGUUUUGCAAGAGGAAUCGGAGAGUAAGAGGAAGUUUUUAGUUGCUUCAUGUUAGUUAGUUGGUUUGUCUGAAAAAAAUAAGGUUUCUGAGUUUGUGUAAACCUUGUUUCUUGUUCUUGUUCUUGUCCUGUUCUCUGUUAAAUUUUGGAAGAGAGAAACUGUGACGAGUAAAUGUAAUUGUGUCUGCUUAAAUUUGUAUUAUAUUAAUAAUGAUUAUUAUUAUUAUUAUAGGAUUAUUUUUAAGUUAUUACUGUAGUAGAAAAUGGCAGAGAGAUCUUUCUGUACAUUGGCUUUCAUUUGUAUUGUUAAAGUUUAGAAUACAAGAUGAUAAUUUCAUUAUU